AUGGCCGUGAAUUCAAGGGACAGCGAGUCCAGUGUGUUGCCGACACUCAGCCGGACAUGCCUCCCCGUGAGCGUGGCCGAUCGCGCUCUCCUGGACGACGCCCCUACCCUCCUCCCAUGGACGAUUACGACCGCCGUGGCCCUCCCCGAGGGUACAGUCCUCGCCGAGACGGGUAUGGCUACCGCGACCGUAGUCCACGUCGCGACUACUAUGACGACCGUGCUCGCUAUCGAUCCCCACCUCGUCGUCCUAUGGAAGACUACCCUCCCCCUCCUCCUCGCGGUCGAUACGAUGAUCCAUACCGACGCGACUACCCUCCUCCCCCGCCCGAUCCUUACGCCAAUGGGCGACCCCCAUAUGACCGACCUCCCCGAGAUUUCCCUCCUCCCAGAGAGGGUGGGUACCCACGAGAGGGUGGCUAUCCGCGAGACUAUGACCGUGGUGGACGUUACUGGUAAAUUCAUAUUCCAUUACCGCUUUGGGCGCUUGCUUGGCAGGACUGUCCUUGACCGAACGGUGUACUAG